AGAUAAGCGGAGCGCGCGGCCGCUCGGGAGGCUCCUCCCCACCCGCCCCAUUGGGCGAGGGCGUGGACGGUGCGAAACCAAGACCGCAUCUGAUUGGUCGCCGCGCUCGUCCAUCGGGAGGCGCGGAUGGUGGCCGAGAUGAGCGCCCGCGGUGACGCGUGCCGGAAGAAGAGCGCGGCCCAGGUGACGCACGUGCGCGCCACGUGGUCCGCGGCACCCACACCCGCUACACGUGGCCAGCUACCGCGUGUGUACAAGCCUGCGUGUGCAGGAAGCCGCGCCGCCACCGUGGUGUAACGCUGUGACUCGCGCGACGCCAAGAGGCGCCGCCGCCGCCGCCUCCGCUGAUGCUGGUUGGAGCCGCCUUCCAAUCCAGGGCCGUCGCCGCCUUCUGCUGCCGACUGUUGCACGCUCGCACGUUUAAAAACAUGCGUGGCCUCCCGAUCGUGUCGCGCGGUGCACCGUGCGCGCGGAUCGGCUGUAGCCGCGGCGUCGCGGACUUCUCCUGCCCGGAUCUGGCGCCCCCCGUUGGCCCUCGCCCUGCUCUGCAGCCGCCGUCCGCUCCUCCGCCGCUCUCAACCGUCGCCCGCACCGCCUCCGUCCCCCGUGAGCUGUCGUUGUCUAUACCGGCGGUCCCCAACCUUUUUGGCACCAGGGACCGUUUUCGUGCUCCGCCGGGAUCCGCCAGCGUCCACCGGGGGCCCACGAUGGUCGACCUGGUCGAGGCGGCAAGGGUCCGGGGCCCCCGCGCACCGUCGCCCUCCGUGCACCGGUUCCACCACUUCCUGGUGCUCGACUUCGAGGCGACGUGCGACAAGGACGCGCCGCCACGGCCGCAGGAGAUCAUUGAGUUUCCCAUCCUGAGAGUGAACGGGAAGUCGAUGGAAGUCGAGUCAACCUUUCACACGUACGUCCGGCCGACCGCGCACCCCGAGCUGUCCGCCUUCUGCACCGAGCUCACAGGGAUCGUUCAGGACAUGGUGGAUGGGCGCCCCACGCUCGACCAGGUGCUACAGAUGGUGGACGAGUGGAUGGAGAAGGAGGGCCUCCUGGAUCCAGAAACAAAGUCCGUCUUCGUCACCUGUGGCGACUGGGACCUCAAAGUGAUGCUGCCGGGACAAUGCAGCCACUUAAAUCUGCAGCCGAGGGACUGCUACCGCUCGUGGAUCAACAUUAAGAAGGUGUACGCCGCCUCCGCCGGCCGCUACGCCAAGGGCAUCGCCGACAUGAUGGCGGGGCUCAACCUGCAACACGAGGGACGUCUGCACAGCGGGAUAGACGACUGCAAGAAUAUCGCCGCCAUCCUGAAGGAGCUGGCGCGCCGUGGAGCGACACUGGAGGUGACGGCUCAACUCUGACGCGCACAUUUAUCGUCGCAGACGGCGCGCUUAGCUCCCCUUGGGCCGCAAUAUUCGUGGCCAACUGCGGCACUCACGCACGCACACGCACGCACACGGAAAAACCCGUCACAAAUUAUAUAGACGCGGCAAAAGCGCAAUACGCACAGAAGAUUAAAAUAAACACAACACGCGCACGGACACCGCGACUAACUUUUAUAUGCUGCGUGUACAUGUAUAGCUCUUAUAUCUAUCCACUGCUGGAUGAGUGCCCGCAUGCUGUGCGGGUCGUGGGGGGGGGGGAGGGGGGCUUAUUUGGCCAUACUUCACCACGCUGGUCAUUUUGCGGGUUGGUGACGGCUAGGAGUGCAGCCGUGAUUGUGAAGGAGCACUGUGCGGCGGUCGAUUUUGCUGCACUGUCCACCGCUGCCCUGCACAUAGGCCCGCAGCCUAUAGCAUCUGGCUUGCAUGGUGGGCACCUGCCCAAGCCGUACAAAUACUUGAACCUCCUUGGGCUUCCGAGAGGGGACGAGGCUGGAGGCAUCCCACCUGGUUGGUCUCGGGCCAUUGUCAUGGGACACGACCUCGGACGGUCCACGUGGCAUCGAUUUAUCGCCCAUUUUCUUUCGAUAGUCGCAUCGAAUCGCGUCGGGUCGGAAGCGCUAUUGUUUUCGUGUCGUGCACCGCGGCUUCACGUGGUCCCUCCAGCCGCCGGAGGCUGCCGUGACCGCCACACGUCGUUAAAACGAACGCGGCAAAGCGAUGCUCCGAAUUCAAACGGGCAAGCGCGUGUCGCGACAAUUUUGGCCGGGGCGAGUUUGCCGGACGGCGGCGUGCGAGCGGAGCGCAGUGAUGCGGCGCUUCGAGAGCGCUCGCCGGGUAAACCAAAAAAAACGGUCACGCGCCGGAGCGGCGUGAGCGGAAACUCGCUGGCGCGUCUUUCAGCCGCGCGACCGCGAGAACGAGAACGCACAGCGGCUCCCCAUUUACGGAGGUUGUUAGCGGACCCAGUGGACAUCGUGGGUUUGCCACUUGUGUUGCUCGUCACCGCCGUGCUGCCUGCUGAUCACAGACGCGCCUCUUCACAAGAAAUAAUGACUCCUCGCUUACAGCCCUAAUGUAAUCCCUGUUUUUUUUUGUGCAAGUGCUGAUCGCGGCAUUAAAUAUUUUCUGGUGCGAUA